AGCCAGGAGAGAGAAAGCAGCAGACGCUCCAUGGAGAGAGGGUCCUAGUGGCCCUAAUUCCUCUGAAACGUCAGCCAGAGAAAGGGCCAUAGCCGUCAUACUUUUCCAGGGAGGUCUUGCUCAUGAUUUACUCCUGAGAUCGAUUUCAAAUAGAGUCGCACCAUGAAGCUUGCCACCAUCAUUGUCCUCUGCUCUUUGUUCCUGGGAGUCAGUGGUGAUGGAUGGUAUUCAUUCUUCAGGGAAGCCGUACAAGGGACUUGGGACUUGUGGCGAGCCUAUCGGGACAAACUAGAAGCUAAUCACCAAAGUGCAGACCAGUACUUCUAUGCUCGUGGAAACUACGAGGCCCAACAGAGGGGAUCUGGGGGCAUCUGGGCUGCUAAAAUAAUCAGCACCGGCAGGAAAUACGUCCAGGGCCUCCUAAACCGGUAUUAUUUUGGAAUCAGGAACCACGGAUUGGAAAGCCUGCAGUCUACCCAGAAAGCUGAGGAGUGGGGCCACAGUGGCAAAAACCCUAAUCACUUCAGACCCAAGGGCCUUCCUGAGAAGUUCUGAGCCUGCCACUCAGGUUGCACUCAGUGGGCUAGGCUGUGAGCUGCAAGCCUCUCCCCGUGAUACGAUGUCACUCAGCUUGGUGUCCACAAAGAACCACAAAGAAGCUAGAGUCGCCCAAUCAAUACUUUGCAGAUUGAAUUUGUCGAUGGACACAGAGAACUCUCAGAAAUACUUUCCAGGAAGUAAGUGUUACUAUGGAUCACAGAAGAUAAGCAGAGGAAAAGGUGUGACCACCAGAUAAUGGCCUGAAACCAUGCGGGCUCCUCAUGCAACCCCACCAGAUCUGCUCUAGCCUUUAGCCACACCAACUUCUGCUAAGCAGGCCUGAGUUAGCAAAGCAUUGCCCACCAUGCGGGGCUUCUCCAUAAAGUGGAGUUUGCUUUGAGAUGA